GCUGUGACGCUAUUCUCCCAAGGAGAUCUAGCUCUUUUCAAGCAGCGUGACAUAUCCACCGCCGAGCUAGUUAGAGCUGCGGAAGCUAGAGCAAACGGCGGAUUGGACUUGAGAACUUCGGAUGGGCUUGCGGCCGCGGACGCGGUGCGGCCAGGAGUGGAAGACAUGAGGACUUCCGACACCGUGUGGACCACGACGGUGGACACUACCGCUGCCCUUCCGGACGACAAAAUAGCGUUCGCCCCGGGGCCAAUCGCCCUCUGCCUGAAGGGGCCGGCGCUAGGAAAUUACUGCUCGGGGAGGCACCCCAGCUCCAGUACCCCCCUCCCCCAUCUCUCUACCCGGGGCUCCGUGGACCAAGCAGGGACGUACAGGAUGUGGGGGGCCAGUGCGAAGAGAAAGAGGCAGAGCUACAAGAUAAAAAAACCGGACCCGGUGGCUCAGAGCAAGGCGUUCGCCUUCCAGAUGAUAGCUCUCAGAAGGCACAAGAGGGAAGCUCGCCCUCUCAACCCGGACGGCGCGCAGCGAAAGAGGGGCCACAAAACGGCCAUUGACCAAGACGAGUACGCAGUCGUGCGGUGGACAGAGGAGAAAGUUUCCCCGGGGCCUGAGGCAUUCCUCGGCAUUCUGCAGAUCAGGAGGCUGAGGCUGGCGCAAGCCAAACUCGCCAGCAUGUACCGGGUCGCCAUCGAGCUCUUCGAGAUCCAGAUGCACUGGACGGUGCCAGAGACUCCUCAGCUGGCCAUUUGCUCUCUUUUGCGGGCCCAGUACUCCUUUCACAGCUUGAGGGAGCGCUGCUUGUCAGGGCUCGCCAUAGUGCCGGACGAAGCUACUCUUCAAGCGCCCCCGUCUUUCACAGACUGGAAAGUGGAAGUGGGGGAGACAUGGUUGUCACACGUCAAGAGCGAGUUCUGCGCAGCGGUGCAAGAGCUCCAAGGCCGGACUGUGACAAAGCAAAGCCGGUUCUCGGGCGCCGACUUCGACCUCUUCGCUCACGCCCGCACCAAGGACUGGCACAAGAACUACGGGGUGCGAACGGCGUCCGGCGCGGUGGUGGCGGGCUCUGAGAGACGACAGAUCGGCGCCGGAGGUGCAGCUGAUCGGCCAGGCCCGGCCUCUGGACGCUGCGGAGAGGUCGAGGUAUACUUGAUCGAGCUGCGCCAGAUGGAGCACCCCACGUUCGCAUCUGCCAUGGCCCUCGCAAAGAACGCGGUGGCAGCCCAAGAACUGUGGGCGCUUUACGAGGAAGAACAAGAAGUUGCAGCGCUCGCUAUGCUCUCCUCAGUUGCGGCAUCCUCGUCAGGAGACGCCGGGCCUAGCGCAAUCAACCCAUUGGCGCCGCUCCAGGGAGCGGGGAUGAUGGGCUCUCCUGCUCCUCUUCAGGUCUCGAGGCCGGCAGCGUCUGCGAGAGAGGACGAAGACGCGCUGAUCAGGGACACUCCCAGCCUGACUAGCCACGGCGAAGCCUCCGGCCCUUCUGAGCCUUACUCCAGCUCGUUUGCAGCCGCAGGAGCGAAACGUGGAGGCCGAGGAAGAAGCUGCGGAAGUCGGCCGCAGCGAGCGACGCUGAGGCGAUCAAUCGCUUGUUCCACCGGGAGCGCAUGCCUCCUGCGCAGCCUAAGCCGCAUUUGGGACAGGAGCAGCAACGUGGUGGGGCCGGGCGGGGACGAUGUGCCUGUCGACUCCCGCAGCUAUGGGAGCAAGUUGCGGAACCACGACAGGUACGUGCGGGAGCCACCGGGUGGGUGGAACUGCUUGGUGAGGAAAGCUUGGCAGUCGUAUCAGAGGAAGAGGGCUAAGAAGGUGAUGGGGUUCAACGAUCGCCAUCUCGCGCUAGUUGAGAUGACGAGCGAUCCCUUCCCCUUGAUAAGGCAGGCGGCUGCCAACCUCUUCAUCACUAACCCGCCUGCGGCUUUUGGCUUCGCGGAGGGGUGGUCGCUGGCGAGGUUCAUGAACACGUUCCCCUGUGCAGCAGCCACGGCGUUCCCCAGCCUCGGGAACACCCUCAUGACAACGGCCAUGGGAAUAGGCAUGAGGCAGCAGAACGAACAGGAGGCAGCUGCUGCACCUGGGGAUGAGGGGGCCGAUAGGAUUCGGUAG